AUGGUGGACGUGACGGAACUCUGCGAAGAUGGCUACAGAUUGGCAAUACAGGCUGUAGAUUUAGACAAAAUGGGAAGCGGAGGUGCAGCUGCUUUUUUCUACAUUGAAGCUGCCGAAGCUCUCAUCAAAGCAUUAUCAUAUGAUCCCAGUUUAGAGGUGAGAGAUAAAGCUUCGCAGUAUGUCAGGCGAGCCGAGGAGCUCCGAGCGCUGGAAGAAGGUUCAUCUCACGCACCUACUUCUUUCAAGACUUCACAACAGAAUGGUGUGGAGAGAGCAGAAUUUCUUCUGAAGCAAGCACUACAUGAAGAUGAAAGAGGCAGACAAAUUGAUGCUUUACCUCUCUACACUGAUGCAGCCGAUCUUUGCAUCAAAACUAGCAGCAGUCUACCAGAUAGUGAUAAUUUAAAGAAAAAACUCCAUGGUCUUGCCAAGCAAGCAAUAGAGAGAGCUGAGGCAAUUAAGGCAACAUUAAGUACUAAGCCCGAAAGCGCUGGGUCAGAUUCAACGACAAUCACUAGAGGUGUGAAGGACCUUUCCUUAAUGUCGUCUGGAGAAUCAACCCCUGGGACAAGCACUGGUGACAAGAGACCUCAUCUCACAGUCAAGGAAUUGGAAGUUUUAAAGAGAACUUCUUAUAUAAAUGGUAAGCUGUUCCCUCCCUGGCUGGAUAUUGACCUGAAAGAAAGAUUUGCUUAUCCUGACUGUUAUAGUGAUAAAGAUGGUCAGCUUGCCCUGUCACAGAAACAGAAAGCUCGCUUUACUAAAUGGUUAAGGCCAACAGAGUUGUGUGAAAACCCAGAAAUGAUUUAUGCUAUAUCAAGCUUCAGUAUCAAACAGACCAUUGUGUCAGAUUGCUCUUUUCUGGCCUCGCUGGCGAUCAGUGCUGCUUACGAGAGAAACUUUAAAAAGACUCUUAUUACAAGUAUCAUUUACCCACAAAAUCGCGCGGGAAAACCAGUUAUUAAUCCAUCUGGUAAAUACAUGAUUAAGCUGCGAAUCAAUGGAGUCUCAAGAAAGGUGAUUAUUGAUGAUACCCUUCCUGUUGGAAGAGAUGGAGAACUGCUCUGCUCCUACUCCAACAAUCGCAAUGAAAUGUGGGUCAGUCUUAUUGAAAAGGCUUAUUUAAAGGUGAUGGGAGGAUACGAUUUCCCCGGGUCCAACUCCAGCAUUGACCUACACGCUCUUACAGGCUGGAUUCCCGAGAGAAUGUCGAUAAAACGAAACAAUCCAACGUUUAAUGAGAGUAUGCAUUUCGAUCGUCUCUUGAAUGGAGUGAGAAGUGGGGACUGUCUCGUCACGGUCGCAACAGGCCCAAUGAGCGAAAGCGAGGCUGACCGAGCGGGACUUGUGCCCACUCAUGCCUAUGCAUUGUUAGACAUCAGGAAAGUCAAGGGACAUCGUCUUCUUCAACUCAAAAAUCCUUGGAGUCAUUUGAGAUGGAAAGGAAAAUUCUCCGAAAUGGACUCAACUAGUUGGACGCCGGAGCUUCAGAGAGCCUUGAACUACGACAGGAAAAGUGCUAUACAGAUUGACAAUGGAGUAUUUUGGAUCAGCUGGGAAUGCGUUAUGCAGUUUUUCGACGUGAUCUACAUGAACUGGAACCCCAAACUCUUCAAAUAUCGCUUUUCUCUGCACUCGACCUGGACAUCUGCUGAAGGACCCAAGAAAGACGUUUAUAAUAUCGGAGACAAUCCGCAGUACAAACUGGAGUUACUUUCCUCUGACAGAGAUACUGUGGUCUGGAUCCUUCUUACCCGGCACAUCACACAAAAGGAUGAUUUUGCAGAAAACAAGGAGUUCAUAACCGUUCAUGUGUAUAAGUCAGAUGGUGGAAGGGUGUUUUAUCCGGACAACCCACUCUUGGAAGGCACUAAAAUAAACAGUCCAUUUUACCUCGCUAAACUAAAUGCCCCGAAAGGAACAAACCGCUUCACACUUGUUGUCUCUCAGUAUGAAAAAACAAAUACAAUUCACUACACGCUGAAGGUUUUUUCUUCAACUGAAUUCCGUUUAUCUCCAGUUCCUGUCCCCUACACAGUUGAAAAGCAGGUGACUGGUGAAUGGAGGGGAAAAUUAGCCGGUGGCUGCCCCAACUUCUCUUCACAUUCCAAUAAUCCCGUGUAUCGCCUGCAAAUCAAGGCAAAUUCACCCUCAGAAACUGCUGAAGUUCUACUAAAACUGCGAGGGCCCAAGCAGUUUUCAGUUGGAGCCAUAUUUCGUUCUGUAGAGCUCGCCUCGGAUGGGAGACCCAUUUACGAGGCGUACUCUGAAACCUACAGGCCUGGCUUUUACGUUCAGCAGCUGACCAGAGUGCCCACGGGCACAUAUGACGUGAUUCCUUCGACUUUUCACCCAGGACAAGAGGGGCCUUUCAUAUUGACGAUAUCAGCAAGCUGUAAAAUGGCACUGGGAAAAAAGUAGACAGUCCCACAGUUCACUUUUCUUAGAGCGGUAAAAUGAGCCUGCGGUCUUGUCACUGGUGAGAAAAGAUUGGCUCUUCCUCACUCUCUCACUGGUAUUGCUUUCUUUCCAGCGAGUUAAGUCUAGAUUUGGAGAAAAGUAGGUUCAAUGGAUUUAGAGGAAAACUAUUGGUUGAGAAUCUGAAAUAAGGACAGAAUGCAACUAAAGGCUGAAAGCCGCCAAAUAAGGAAAUUCACAAUUCCUAAAAAGUCAGAUCUUGAAAAGUAAGAGAAUUUUGAUAGAAGGCGAUAAUGCCUAAUAUGAAUGCACAGCUGUUGCAGUCGUUUUUUAAUUCAAUUGAUAAUUUGAUAAAAAUACUGAAAGCGGAGAAUAUGAUAGUAAAAUAUUGAAAUUUCUCGAAAUGAAUUUUGAAAUUUCAUACCUUUCUGAAGGAUACAGAUUAAAAUCAUCUUUAAAAAGAUGAUUAACUUAACUCUGUGAAGUCCUGGUAUAGUUAAUACUUUUUAUCUCUGUAGAAAUGUGUGGAAGUAAAUUGGUGAAUAAACGCUUUAUCUUACAG